GGCUCAGACGCGAUCUCUAGACCCACUCCUUUUACAUUUACCAAGUUCUUACCAUUACUUUCUGGGCACGUGCGAGCCCAUCGCACGCCUUCCUGGAGGCCAGCACCCCUUCUGCCUCAAAGAGGGCUGCCCAUCAUGCCUGCCGGCGCCCUCGCGCUCGCCAUCUCCGUCUUUGCUGCCGCGCCGUCGGCGGCGUUCGGCAUCCUCUCCGGCCUCCCUCAAGCCACCGACCCGCUGAGCCGCCUGGAGAACCGCCUGCGCCCCAUCUACGUGACGCUGCCGCGGGAUGGCGAUGGCCUGCCCGACUCCAGCGGGGUGCGUUACCUGGCCCGGCGCUACCUCGAGGCGGAACACGGCUGGGUCCUCAAGGGCCUCGACACGGCGCCCUGGCUGCGCGACGGCCACAACGCCAGCCUCGCGGCGGCGCGCCGCGCCGCGGAGGUGCUGGGCACCGGUGGUGCUCUGCAACCCGCGGCGGCGUGGGCGCCGCUGCUCUCGGCCUUGUCCCCGCAACGGGGGCGGGGUUUCACCCUGCGCGAGGCGGCCGAGGCCGUCCACGCCCUCGAGGCGCUGGUGGCCAGCCACGACGCCGUCCUCAUGCGCCGUGCCCGCGCGCUGUCGAAGGCGCGCGUCCAUGAGCACGAGCAGCCGACGCCGAUGCACAAGGCCUUGGUAAUGUAUGUCGUGCUGCUCCACACGCGGAGCAGGGACCUGAUCUCGCCCGGGCCCGACCAGGAUCCGCGCGCCGAGGUGGCAGUCCGAAGGGCUCUGGACGAGCUGGCCGAUCUGCGCGUGGACUUUUCCAACCACAUGUCGGGGGUGCCACUGGCGCAGGCUCUGGACGAGGCGACUCGGGACGCCAACGUGGGAUCGUCCCAGUCGGCCGCUCGCAUCUACAGCGGCAUGCGCCACCUCCGUCGGAGGCUGGCCGAGCGCUACACUUCGGGGUGUCGGCGGCUGCGUGGCGUGCUGUCGUCCAUGGACCACGAGGGCACAGGGCAGGUGGAGUUCCGGCACGCUUACGCGACCAAGCUGCAAAACUGGCAAUUCCUCGAGACGCCCGAGUACCUCGCCGCAGUUGGCGCGCUGACCAAGAAGGGGGCCAAGGGGGUCGGUCCGGGCGUGCUCAUUCCCAACUACGUGUCUGGGGUGAACAGCUGCGAUGACCGCGGGGGGGCGCACCCGACGAUGUGGUGUUGCCCAGACGAGUGCGAGGCCGAGAUCUUGCCACGCCUGGAGGCCGCUGCGGCAGGGCCCCGCAUCUCGCCGAAGCAGGUCUGGGCGGCGCUGUCCCGCCUGAUCAAGGCAGACAAGACGGUCGCAGCCGAUGAGCGCAAGGAGCUGCACUCCCAGCUGCGCGCCCUGGGCCUCAGGUCCAGGGACGGCUCAGUCGAGGUUCACGGGCGGCAGCUGGGCAGCUGGCUGCACCGCGCAUUCCCGCAGACAUGCCCUCGCCCCCCCGCCCGGGGCUCCCCGGCCGUGGUGGACCCGGCGCUGUCGCCCCUGGCCUGGGUGCUGGCUGGCAAGCACCUGCCAGUGGACGACGUGUCGGAGGUGGAGCAGGUCCGCGCUCACCUGCAGACCAGAUGGGGCUCAGAGGGCGCGGACUCAGACCCGCGCACCUUCGCGGCCCGGAGCCCCAUGAGCUUGGACCAGGAGGUGCGGCUGAUCGGCAGGCUCCACCAGCAGCACAAGUCUGGCGGCCCGCCUGUGCACCAGGCCCUGGAGGACGCCAUCAACGUCCGCGUAUUGGACCGCCCGGCCCGCGCGGAAGGCCUCCUGGCCGCCUUCCUGGCCGCCGCGCUGCUGGGGCCCCUCGUGGCGGCGACGCUGGCGAUGCGGUCUUCCGCGGCCGAUGCCUGCUCCUCCCAGGCCGCGGCCGCGACCAAGCUGCUCCGCUCCGCCGAGCCGGCGGCGCCGGGCGACCGGGAGGGCGGCGAGCACGGCGUGGGGGCGGCCCCCGGCGAGCCGCUCGGCCCCCGCUCGCCCUGCGAGGCGGACCCCGCGGGGUCCGAGAAGUCCACGGACGCGGGGGACACCGACUCGGAGGCCGCCGUGGAGCUGAGCGCGGAGGACUCGGACUCGGAGCGGGCGGCCGCCCUGGCUCCCGCGGGCGCGGGGGACACCGACUCGGAGGCUGCCCUGGAGCUGAGCGCCGAGGGCUCGGACGCGGACUCGGAGCGGGAGGCCGCCAAGGCCUCCGCGGAGGCGCGCCGCGGCCGCGCGGGCGCCAGCGAUGAGCACCCGAGCCAGGGUGAGGAGGCUGCCCUGGACGCGGCCACGGGCGCAAAGAGCGGCGAAGAGCUCGGGGCUCGGGAGGCGCAGGCGGCAGCCCAGGUGUGGCCGCUGGCCGGGCCGGCCUGCGGCGGGUGGCUUCCGAGCUCGGCGGCGGUCCCGAGGGGCUUCCGGCCGCCCCCCGGGCUGGAUCCGCCGCCGGGGCUGCAGCUGAAGCUCCAGGUCCUGGCUGCCACCGCCGGCUUCGCCUCGGAGUGCUGGUCGCAGCGCACCCCAUGAGAGGUCUGGGGAGCGGCGGCGGCGGCGGUGCGCUCUGGCCUCCCCAGGCCCUGGGGCUCGAGCCCGACUGGCACCGCGCGGGCGAGUGAGAGGGCAGCGUGCCGCGCGGGCAGGCCAGGGGCCCACGGUGAGAGGCUGAGGCCCUGCUGUGCCUGACCUGUCCUCCGAGGUCCGCCCGUAUGCCAAGGCCCACAGGGCUACGCCAGGGCAGCGCGCCGCAGGUGCUGGAGCUGCGGCGAGCGCUCGCGGCAGCGCUCUCGGGGCGGCGCUCGUCUCGGAAGCAGGUGUCUGUUGGAAGGCCGCCUGAAGUCCGUCUGUGCUUUGCGCAAGUCGGGCGUUUCCCUCUACAGGACGAAUGCUCAGCAAUAGUCAAACAAUCUUCUGGGGACCAUUGCUUGAGUAUUUGUGAACAUGUUUUGUUUGAUUUUUUGACUUUCGUAGUUAUCGUCGAAAACUCGCCCGUAGGAGGACACUUUGCACAUACUACCACAGCGGACUCUUUGAAAGUCUGUCUUUUUGGUUAUACUUUCUAGAGCGCGCCGCAUGUGCCGUUCGAACGGCAGCGCGUGGAAAUUUAGGCUGCGUUUGUCGGUCCGAACGAGCCCUGUGUCGACCAGUUGCUUCGUUGAGAA